CACGCAGCUCCGGCAUCUUCGUCAUUGUGUGGACCGCACAAACCUCACAAACAUCCCGCGUCAGCACGUACACAACCCACUUCUUCUACGCCUCUCUCAUGGCCACGUAAGCCCACCCUAUCUCCAACGUGAUUUACUCUCACCUAUUGCUGCUAACGCUGCCCAUAAAGCCUCGAACAGAACCUCUCCCUGACAACCUCCAACCUCCUAUCCUUCGGCCCCCUUUACUCCGGCUCUUCUAUGACCAGCGGCAGCACCGGCACAAGAAGAACAACAACAACAUCCACAUCAAACUCCACCCGCCGCCGGCACCACCACCGAACACACAAACGCCGAGACCCCUACAGCUCCGCCUCCUCCGCUGGCACCAGUCACUCCUCCCGCAAACGCACUCUGACCUCGGCGAGCGCCAGGAGCGCCGCCAGCAGCAGAGCGGGCAGCACCCGCAGCAUCAACCGCCUUACUGCUGCUGACAAUACCAGGGCCAGCUCGCGCGCGAGCGGCACGGUGGGUGAUGACCAUGAUGAACUGUCGAUGGGAAGGGAGAGUAACAGGGGGGAUGAGAUUGGGAUUGAGAUUGAUCGGAAGCGGACGACGCACCUUAUCAUUGAGGGGCCUGGGCUCGUUCAGAGUGCUACUAAUAGCAGCAGCAGGCGGGGUGGUGUCGGUGGCUCUAGGGAAGCGGCGGAUUCGGAGGGGGACGAGUACGAUCUUGGUGAACGGAGCAGGAGAGGAGAGUACAUGAGCAGUGGCAGUGAGAGUGACAGUGGCAGGGAUGAAGGCUACGGGUAUGGCAGUGAUGAGGAGGUGGAGCAGGAAGGCAAUGACAUUGGCUCGGAGGCAUGGCCGCGGGGGAUCAUCAAAACUGUUAGUGUUGAGGUGGUUGAGGAGGUUAAUGAGGAGUAUGUUGCUGCUGCGGCGGCGGCGGCGAAGAAUAAUACCAAUAGGGGUGGUGUUGGGAUCCCGGGUGGUGCUCAGCCGGCUGCAAAUACAGCGGUGGGACAGAGUAGCAGGGUUUUUGGGAGGAAUAGUAUCUCUGUUGGCCCCGGGAUCAUGAGCGGCAGACAGCCGAGGGUGCUAUUGGCCGACAACGCCGAACGGGUGAGUGGUGGGAGUGGGAUUGAACAGGAUUGGGAGACGAUGCUGAAGACUGGGCCACCUAGAUGAUUCGUUCUUUUCUGUUUUCUUCUUCUCCUGUUUGGUGCGCCGCUUGCAUGAAACCGGCGCUGUCGGGGCGUUGUGAGAGAGGUUACGAACAUUCUG